UGCCAAGCCUUGCUGCGGCCAUGCCUCCUGCCCUGUUCCUGUGCCCCCUCUUCUUGGCCUCUGCCCUGGGCCCAGCUCUGGCCUUGGCCCACCUGCCCAACAGCACCAGCUUGGCAGCCACAGGCCCCCUCCCAGCCCUGUUGGCCCACCUGCGCCGGCUGACAGGGACCGUGGCUGGGAGCAGUGGGGGGAGCAGUGGGGGACCGGCCAACAGCACCUCAGGGAGCGGGGGUGGGGGUGGAGGGCAGGCGGCUCGGGCCCCCCUGCCCGCAGAGCUGUGCCAUGGCUACUACGAUGUCAUGGGCCAGUAUGAUGCCACCUUCAACUGUAGCACAGGCUCCUUCCGCUUCUGCUGUGGCACCUGCUAUUACCGCUUCUGCUGUGAGCACCGCCACAUGCGCCUGGCCCAGGCCUCCUGCUCCAACUACGACACCCCGGUCUGGGCCUACACGCCCCAGCCCUCUGGCGCCGGGGGGGCGGGGGCCGGCGGGGACGGUGCGGGGCCCGGGCCGGGUCAGACCGGCUGGCUAGAUGGGAACCGGGCAGGGGCUGGAGCCGGAGGUGCCGGAGGCAGGGGUGGUGAGGGGCCGGGGGGCAGCACGGCCUAUGUGGUGUGUGGCGUCAUCAGCUUCGCCUUGGCUGUGGGUGUAGGCGCCAAGGUGGCCUUCAGCAAAGCGUCCCGGGCCCCCCGGGCUCACCGGGAGAUCAACGUGCCCAGGGCCCUGGUGGACAUCCUGAGGCACCAGGCUGGGCCAACCACCCGCCCUGACCGGGCUAGGAGCAGUUCCUUGACUCCAGGCCUAGGGGGGCCUGACAGCAUCCCACCCCGCCCACCCAAAAACCUCUAUAAUCCUGUUAAGGCCUCCAACCACGACCCCCUGCAUCACAACUACAUCCACCUCAACGUGAACAGCCCCAAGCAUCACGCUGCCACGCUGGACUGGCGGGCCCAGCCUCCGCCCAGCCCAGCUCUGCACUACUCGACCCUCUCCUGCUCCCGGUCCUUCCACAACCUCUCCCACCUGCCCCCGUCCUACGAGGCCGCCGUCAAGUCCGAGCUCAGCAGAUACUCUUCCCUCAAGAGGCUGG